AAAUAAAACCGAUCUUAGGUCGUGACUGGAAAUGCUGCCUCGUUCACGGUGGACACGAAAGGCCUGGAUGGCGAGCUGGAUAUCCGCGUUACGGGCCCUGAUGGGGGCCAGAUUCCCGCCAGGCUCAUUAAACUGCGGAGCGGCUUGCACAGGGCGGAAUACCGAGCUGAAAAGGUUGGAUCAUAUAGUGUGGCAAUCCUACAUAAAGGAUCCCCUAUCAGCGGGACGCCGUACAUUGUUGAAGCUGCUGACCCUAGGAAAGUGUCCAUCCAGCCAGCGGGAGAUUGUUUCUCCUCUCAUGAGUGUGCCCUCAAAGUUGACGCCUCAGGUGCUGGUCGUGGUUCACUAUCAGUUGGAGUGAGAGCAGCGGGUCAGGAUGUCAAGCAUUCCAUCAGAGAUUUGGGAGGCGGUUUGUAUCAGGUGCUCUUCUACCCCAGGGCUCCCAUCCCCCACAAGGUUGACAUACGAUACAAUGGAGUUCCUGUACAAGGUGGGCCAUUUGAAAUACCUGUGCGUAACCCAGCCACGGGGCACGCAGUUACAGCUACUGGCCUUGGUCUUCAUCAAGCCCGGGUGAAUAAACCAACCUCCUUUGUGAUUGAGACCCUGAGUCUUCCAUCUAAGGAUUUUGAUGUACUGAUUUCGGGCCCAGAGGAUUGGGCAGUACCUGUUAAAUGCUACCAGCAAAAGGACGGCAAUCUGUUGGCAGAAUACACCCCUCACACUCCUGGCAACUAUAAGAUAGAGGUCAUGUGUGCUACCAAGCAUGUCAAAGGCUCGCCAUUCCAGUGCACAGCAUAUGAUGCCUCUAAGGUUGUCCUGGAGCAUAACAAGACCCUUGUGGCUGUUGGAGAACCUUAUGCAUUCAAGUUGGAUAAGUCUGAGGCAGGAGAUGCAGAUCUAGAAGUCCAGGUAGAAUCUCCAUCUGGAGUGAUGACACCCUUGGAAGUGAAGACAGGGCCUUCAGGCGAGAUGGUGGAGUGGACCCCAGAGGCUCCUGGACAGUAUAGAAUUACUAUAUUCUAUGGAGGAGAUGAGGUGCCAGGUUCGCCCAUGAUCUUAGAUGUUGGUGAGUCAGGACUAGCGACUGUAAAAGGCUCAGGCUUAGAUGGUGGAGCAGUGGACACAACUCUCUCCUUCUCGGUGGAUGGUCGCGGACUGUUGGGCGAACCAUAUGUUACUGUUGAUGGCCCUGAUAGUGUGGCAAGGGUUAGUGUCCGGAAACAAGAAGAAGGACUUUACCAGGUGACAUAUGUCCCUCAUGAGGUCGGCAUCUUUGAUGUCCGGGUACAGUGGAACAAACGUGAUGUGGCAGGAAGCCCCUUCCAUCCCAAGAUUGUCAACCCAGCACGAGUGCGUUUGAUCGGUGGCUGGUCAAGCCUUCAGGACAGUGAGGGGCGGCUUGAGUUGACUCCACGUGAGGAAAAACGUCUGGCCUUUGAUAUUAGUGAAGCUGGACCUGGGAAACUGCGAUCUGAAGUUACUUAUGAGGGUAGAAAUGUUGACUACAAUAUAGACCAGAAUGGAUCACGUUCACGUCUGAUGUUCACCCCUCCUGGUGAAGGUUCAUAUGAGAUACGUUUGUGGUAUGCUGAUCUUCCUUUGCCUGACAUGCCUGUAUUUGGGUGGGCAGAGCCAGCAUCCACUGGAGACCAUACAAGGGUGACACUUCAAGGGCAUGGACUCACAACUGCCCGUUGUGGAGACCAGUCAGAGUUUAUCAUUGAUGGCUCCGCAGCUGGACCUGGAGCUCCAGAUGUUACAAUGAGCGGUACCAAGGCUGACAUCUCUGUUUCCCUCACUCACCAAGGCGGAGGUAUCUGGAAGGCAAUUUACACACCUAUGGUUCCUGGUGCUUAUCUCCUAAAUGUCAUGUGGUCAGAUCGCCAGGUAAGAGGCUGCCCUCUAAAAGUCAAUGUGGAAAGAGUGGCAGAUGCCUCAAGAGUAAUUUGUUCUGGAGAGGGCCUUAGGCAUGGCAUGGUUGGGAAUGACAUCAAGUCCUUCAUAGACACAAGACGGGCGGGACCUGGUGAGCUCACUGUCACCUGCAGCGGUCCGUCCAAGGUUGCUUUGUGUGACUUGGAUGACCAUGGAGAUGGUACCUUUACACUCAACAUUAGGCCACAGGAGUCCGGACGCCAUGCUCUGAAUGUGAAAUAUGAGGAAGACCAUGUUCCUGGGUCUCCCUAUACACUCAAGGUUGCUGGAGCCCCUGAUCCAUCCAAGGUGCGCGUGUAUGGACCGGGAAUUGAACACGGCGUGUUAGCCUCUUACCAGAGUCGCUUCAUUUGUGACACCCGCGGUGCUGGAGCUGGUCAGCUCACAGUUAGGAUCAGAGGACCUAAAGGUGCUUUCCGUGUGGAGAUGCAGCGUGAAUCACAGAAAGACCGAACCAUCUUGUGCAAAUACGACCCAACAGAGCCUGGCGACUACCGCAUGGAGGUCAAGUGGUCGGGCGAACAUGUCCCUGGAAGCCCAUUUGUUGUUAUGAUCUUCGAUACACAAGAUGAGCUCAACAGAUACAUGGCUGGUGGAUACUCGCCAACUGGAAUGGGUCGAGCUCCAAGCGAAUACUAUGGUAGUAUUGGUUAUGGAACAACCUAUGGCGCUGUCAGCUUCGGUCAGAUGUCAUGGCGAGGCUCGCAGGCACAGCUGUGAGGCAGGCCAGGGUCCCCACUUGGCGUCCCCCAUAUCCCUCAUAUCGCUUCCUUCACCUGUUUCAAUCUUGACUCCUCUCCUCUUCCGGCGCCCUCCCAUAUCUUGACUGGCGCCCAUGAUCACUCCUACUCUACGCUUCAGCAGGUUAAGGCCAUGUCCAAGGUCCACCGUAGAAGUAGAAAUACGUUUGAGCCCAUGUAUUGCAAGGCUCCCAUGGGACUUCCAACAGGCUACUUAUCAUCCAGGCCUUGGUCUUCAGGUUCUCGUCCAAGUGUUUUCACUUUAGCUCCCAACCUCUCUUUGAAGAAGAGAUUACCGCCCCGGCAUUUGACCCCCAUGAAAGGCUCUGCAUAUUUCAGUGUCCGUCUCUACCAACUUAGCUAGCAUUAAGACAUCUUGAAAUGCCAAUAGGGGAAGAUGUUCAUGGCUCCCUUGUAGGACCGACGUUUAGAGUCAGGGCAAUUCAUGGGAAAUGAACUCUGGGUGAUAACAGUGGGGCCUCCCCUAGCCUUUGUUGCCAGUACUGUUAUGAGGUAUAGAGAGCGCGCACACCGCUCAUCCAUUCAUGAUAUUUUGUUGAUUUAUUUUAUUCUCUCUUAUCCCCAUGGAUCAUGUAUGAUCAAAACUAUUUCAUACAUUUUUAUUUGCUUGUAUAUGUAUUUUCUUCCUUAGCAUGAGAUUGUCAUGCUAUUUGUUACAAUUUUCCCAGUUGUUGAAAGCAAGACAUUUCAGUUGUCAUGAUAUCACAUUCUACUCGAAUAGGUUAGGAACUGGAUCGUAGGUCACAAUAGAUUAUGCUGUUGUCAUAUUAAUAUACUUUAUAGUAAUAUAAUGAAACCUUUUUAAAUAUUUGUAAAUGACUUAUUAAUAAAUUAUACUAAUUAAA